AUGCCCUCACAAUCAAAUCUGAGAGCUGCUCAGGCCGUUGUUCUUUCACGCCAGCGACUUCGCCGCGGUCUCAAUCGUGAUGCUGCCGGCCGCCGAAAGAAGCCACUGACUCUUCGUGCUGCUGAAGCUCGAUAUGCCGGCUCUGCUCGUGCAUCUAUCGGCCGCAUCGUCAAGAGACUUGAGGCUGCGAAUACCGUAGAUUAUGAGGAUGUUGUCGAUCCUAAGAUGGGGCGCCCGCGGCAACUCACGGAUGAGGAAGAAGAAGCUAUCGUGUGUUAUAUCAUCUGGAUGGAAAAGUCAGGCCUGCCUGCCUCCAAGUGGGAAAUAGAAGAUGCAGCACUUACUCUGCGGCGCCGCCGUGAUCCUGAUGCGAGACCUGUGAGCAAGAUGUGGUACUCUCGCUUCCGCGAUGAUCAUCCUGAGCUUGCGAAAUCGAUAUUGAAGUCGAGAGAAGCUUCGCGUGCCGAAUAUGAGGAAGGCGGCGUUGAUGAUACGAAGGAGUGGUUCCAACGCCUCAGCGAUGUGAUGACGAAGUACAAUAUCGGUGCAUCAGAGACCUGGAAUGCAGAUGAAGCAGGAGUUAGAGUCGGAAUGCUACGAGAUAAGAUGGAAUGCCUCGUUGUACGCACCAAGAAGAAGUCAGCAACAGAGUCGUUGCCAACGCUUGAGUGGGCGUUCAUUGAAGGCGAUCCUGAUAUGCGCUUCGCUCAGUCAGACUCGGCAUUCUCAAGUGCGGCGAUAACGCUCGAGUGGGCGAAGCACUUCAACCGAUGCUCGUGGGAGAAAUCUGCUACUGUACAGAAACGUCAGCUUGAUUUUGAAGAGUGGUUUGGGUGUAAUGAGCACCUUCAGGAUACAAAUAACCGCUUGGUUACUCACGAUAUGCCUCCCGCGGCGAGGCCUGAUGAUGAGGCUGUAUGGCGGCUGCUCGUUAUCGACGGCUUCACAGGCCACGGCUCAUUCGAAUUACGAGAAUAUAUGAUAAAGUUCAAUAUUCUCGUAGCAUUUCUUCCGCCUCAUUCAACGCAUAUACUCCAGCCAAUGGAUAAGAAGCUUCGUGAGGCGUUGCGGAAGGGAAAUCUUACCUUUGGCCGGCGUGCCUUUGCAGGAGCUUUUCAGGAGAUCUUUAAUGAAGGCUUCACUGCCGCUCACAUCAUCUCGGGCUUCCAAAAACGGGCAUCUACCCUCCCACAGACCGACCUGCCAUAG